UUUACCGAUCUGGAAUGUCUUUGUUCCAUUUUAGAUUACAAUAAUAAUAACAAAUAAUAUAGCCCUUGUUCCUUCGUUUGAUGGCCGUAAGGCCUCCUCCUUCCUCUACUUUACAAUUCAUAUUCUCUCAUUCUUUCAAAUUCCCCAAAUUUCCGUCAACCCUAAUUCCCUUACGUCACAUCUCUUCCGCCGCCGCCGUACCACCACACCACCACCGUAAACAAAAACAAAAACACAAAUACCCUCUUCAUCAAAACCUCCGUCAACCACAGCCACCUACCUCACCACCACUCCGCAGCCUCCGGCAGUCUGUUUCCUUACAAGAAACCCUGGCUCAAAAGAUCGGUAAAGCUGUUCGCCGCCCCGGCGCUCCUUCCAAAGCUAGGGUUUAUGCCGAUGUUAAUGUUAUUCGCCCUAAGGAAUAUUGGGAUUAUGAAUCGUUGACUGUUCAAUGGGGGGAACAGGAUAACUAUGAGGUGGUGAGGAAAGUUGGGAGAGGAAAAUACAGUGAGGUUUUUGAAGGAUUUCAUUGUACAACUGAUGAUAAGUGUAUUAUUAAAAUACUUAAGCCUGUUAAGAAGAAAAAGAUCAAGAGAGAGAUCAAAAUUUUACAAAACCUUUGUGGCGGGCCAAAUAUUGUGAAGUUGCUGGAUAUUGUGAGAGAUCAGCAAUCGAAGACACCAAGUCUAAUAUUUGAGUAUGUUAACAACACCGAUUUUAAAGUGCUCUAUCCAACACUUUCAGAUGUUGAUAUUCGCUAUUAUAUAUAUGAACUUUUAAAGGCUUUAGAUUAUUGCCACUCUCAAGGAAUAAUGCAUCGAGAUGUGAAACCUCACAAUGUGAUGAUUGAUCAUGAAAAACGCAAGCUUCGUCUUAUAGAUUGGGGUCUUGCAGAGUUUUAUCAUCCUGGGAAAGAAUAUAAUGUCCGUGUAGCAUCGAGAUAUUUUAAAGGUCCGGAACUCCUUGUUGAUUUGCAAGAUUAUGAUUACUCAUUAGACUUGUGGAGCCUUGGUUGCAUGUUUGCUGGAAUGAUAUUCCGCAAGGAACCAUUUUUCUAUGGACAUGAUAAUUAUGAUCAGCUGGUCAAAAUUGCCAAGGUGUUGGGGACAGACGAGUUAAAUACUUAUCUUCAGAGAUAUCGCCUGGAGCUAGACCCACAUCUUGCUUGUCUUGUUGGGAGACAUAGCAGGAAACAAUGGACAAAGUUCAUUAAUUCUGAUAAUCAACAUUUAGCUGUUCCUGAGGCAAUUGACUUCCUUGACAAGUUGCUUCGGUAUGAUCAUCAAGAAAGGCCCACUGCUAAAGAAGCAAUGGCCCAUCCAUAUUUUUACCCCAUAAGAAACGCAGAAAGCAGCAGGACCCGUGCGUAAUGAGGAAGAAUCAAAAGAUUUGGUCUUUCUAUGUUAUACCUCACUAUUGUUGAUUAUACUAUUUUUUUCAAUCUUGUACGUUGUUCUUUAUGCAUUUACUUUUAUGUAAAAACAUGUUCGUGUGUUUGGCUGUAAAAUUGUAUUUUUAUUUCCCCCCAAAAGUCAAGUCUAAAGAUGAUUGGUUCAUGUUUUAGAGCUGUUUUAUUACUAUCAGGAUUGCGAUUGCUAAGUAAUCAUUUUCAUUUAAGAUUUCAGCAAUCUAUUUCUUUUAAAUUUUUAUUGGUA